CCCUUGCCUCUUAACUCCCAUCUCAAACUCUAUGGCUUCCAAAUCAUGCCAUCUUUUGGUCAUCUGCCUUGCCUUUUUAUUCCCUCUAGCCAUCAGCCAAGCCCCGGCGCAGCCACCGAGCUUGCCGACCGCAACGCCACCGCCAUCCACCCCGCCACCUACCAUAACAAUUACACCACCCCCUAAUGUUGCUGCACCAUCAAUAGCCCCAACUAUCCCACCACCCCAACCGCCUCAAACCCCACCUGUCUCCACCCCGUCUCUGCCUCCGGUAUUUCCACCUCCACCUGUUACUCCUCCACCAUUGCCACCUCCUCCUGCUACUCCUCCGCCAUUGCCACCUCCUUUACCGGCGCCACAGAUCUCUCCAACUCCUUUGCAGGUAGCGCCGUUGCCGACUCCGCCAACACCGGUGCCUUCACCGCCAAUGCUAGCUCCGGUUGCAGUGCCAGAGUUAGCCCCUGCACCAGCUCCGGGAAAGCAUAAGCAUAGAAGGCGUCACAAACAUAAAAAGCAUCAAGCCCCAGCCCCAGCCCCAGCCGUCCCAAGCCCACCAGCACCACCUACAGUGGUGGAUUCACAGGAUGAUAGUACAGCACCAGCGCCAUCACCAAAUCUGAACGGAGGAGACCCAAUGAAAGAAAAGGUGGGAAGAUGGGCCAGAGUUGUAUUGGGAUUCAUAAUUGUGGUUGCUUCCACAGCCUUCAAUUUCUAGUUUUGAAGAGAAUUAUAAUCCACGGUGAAUCCAAUUAGGGUUCAUAAUGUUAUAGAGUUUGCUCAGAGGCCGAGAGAGAUUUUUCAUAUCUAUCAUUUUUUUUUUUAUAUGCUUUGUGGAUUGAGAUAAUAAUGAAUUCUUCCUUUUAUUUUA